GCGGUGUCUGUCUGACCCGGAAGCUGCGGUGGGGACUCAGAUUUGACCGAAGUUUUGGAAACGACGCACGCGGAAUUUCUUUUGAGGGGGGAUUGGAAACAGAAGUGGCGUCUUUUUUCUGUUUUGCUGGUAAAAGGAACCUUAGAGGCAAAAGCUGAAGCAUUUUCAAAGCACAAAAUGGAUCUAAAAGCAGGACGAGCAGGAAAAUGAUUGGUUUGUUUCGGUACGCAGCGGCGUAACUGUGCGGUCAGCAGAAACAGCGCUUUAUUCCCUCCAGCUGCUCGCGCCUCAUGUUGAAGUCAUUUCUGGACACAGGAGCGAGCUGCACAACUCUUCCCGAAGGCUCCAGUCACAGCUCACCCGGCUAAAACGGCCACCGAUUCGCUCCCUGCUGCCGUGUCCAGCUCAGUCGAGCCUCCGCUGCAUGUGAUCUGAUACCUUUCCAACGGUUCGUGAAGGGUGUUGAUGGAGAGCUUUUCGAAUGACAGCCGGGACAGUGGUAAUCACAGGCGGGAUUCUAGCUACAGUAAUCUUACUGUUAAUCAUCGCUGUACUGUGCUACUGUAGGCUGCAGUAUUAUUGCUGUAAGAAGGAGGAAUCCGAGUCGGAGGAGGAGGAGCCUGACUUUGCCGUCACGUCACGCCUGCCGCCCGUGCACUCCAAUCACAACAUCCUGGCGGCCACCGUCCCCGCGGCGGCCACCCCCAAUGGCCCUGCCCUCUUCACACCUCCCCCGGCCCGCAAGCUGACCCGCUCUCAGACAUUCUGCCCGUCCUGCACGCACUAUGAAAUGCCAUUUUACCUCCAGCAGCCAGAUGGCCUGCGGAACGGUGGCGAGCGCCUCAGCUACCGCAGCAUUCAGCAGCAGGACCUGGAGCUGCCCACGCCGCUGCCCAACUACCACAAGCUCAAUCUCAACCGCUCCAUUACCAUGAGGGAAAUGUUCACCCGCAGCUGCAGCAUCAGCACUGACGUCUAGCCUUGCACCCUCUGCAGGCCUGCAGGCCAAAACAAAGGCUAGCAUGAAUGCUCUGUUUUGUUUUAGACUGAUACACUUGAACAGAAAGUGUAUAGGAAGGUCACCUUUGUUGUGUUUGGCUGGAUAAGCGCGGCCUAUGGACGACCAAUAGAGCACAGUGCUAUUUAAUAAGACAUGGUCGUUUUGGAAAGGCAGACUGCUGUCCAGGAGGCAAGAUGGAAGAUAAUGAACACUAUUUCUCAAUCUCGCUGAGAGGUUCUCUCAAUGACUGGCCUGUAGGUUGGUAAUGAUGGAGAAAAAGCAACAGUGUGUUCUCUAAAAGAAAAAAAGACAGAAAUAGUAGGUGGCACCUUAGAAAAGGGCUUUGGAGAGUACGAUCCUUUCAUUUUACAGAGGAAGACCACCAGGCAGAGCAAAAAGGUUGACACGUCCUUUUGUACAUAUAAAACCAAGUUGUACCUUUUGUAUUGUCAGUGUGUGACUUAAGUGGACUAUAUUUAUGAUGAAAUGAUAGAAACACCAACUCGGCUAAAACACCAACCAGAAUACAAGCUGUAACUUAAAGCUCAGUGUGGGCUGCAAUAAAAGAAAAUACAAAAAAAUGUAAAUGAAAUGAAAUAUUAUAAGUAAGUAUAGAUAAGCUGCUAAAAAAGCAAGAUGAAGAUUAAGUAAAAUGUUUUUUUCUAAAAGAGCUUUGUUAUUUAUAAAGCCCCACUCAGUGUGCUAUUACAGAUACAGGUUUAUGUUUUUUUAACAUUCAUCUUAUUGGAAAAUAUUUCUGUUUUGAAAAGUUAUCAAUUUCUUCUGCUAUGUUAACUGGAGAGUUUGGAUCUUUUUCUCACCUGCAUUCAUGUGUUGGAAGAGACAUCUGCAGCCACUGAAGUAAUUCAUAGUAUUUAUUUGAUGGCUAUUGCUCAUAUAACCCGUUGUGUGAAGCUUUAAAGCUUCCACAAGCUCCAAGCCCUGGUGGAUUAUAAGGGCUCUGUUUGCUCUUUCUAAACUUUGCUUGUUGGACUAAGAGUGGUUUAUUAUUUGCAAGACUUUUAACAGUUUCUGUUUUGCUGUUCUUUGGCAUCACUGAACCCUGUUCUGAUUACUGCAAAUACGAACAGAGCAUUGAAAGCGACUGGCUCCUUUUGUAUGAUGGCACUGAUUUACAGAAGUAUUUCAUUUUAUUUUCCUCAGUUCUUUUGCUUUGGCAGUGAUGUUGGUACUUCUCUGUAGUUGACACACUAAGUCCUAAUGGUGAUGUUCUGAUGUUUGCAAUCACCAUGUAAUUGUGGCUUGUGUCCUGGCAACUUCCUGCCAAACCUCUGAAGUCUCUACUACCCUCCCCCCUCAAAUACACACACACACACACGCACACACUUUUUGUGCCAGGUAAGCAAAUGCAAGGCACUUUAUUUAUUAUUAUUAUUAUCAUUAUUAUUAUUAUUAUUAUUAUUAUUGUGUUCUCUUUUAUCUGCAUUGGUACUUUAUUGACGUAUUUUGGUUCCAGCUUUUAGGCACUCUGUUUUCAUGUUGUAGGCUAAGGUGAUGCAAAACAUGUCAUAUUUUAAUCUGUACAACUAUGAACACGGUGUUGAUAAUAAAACUGGUGAAAAUUA